AUGCUGUCUUGUCCCGAUCUUGACACCAUCUUCCCAUCAGCUUCACCGUUCACGGGGCUAGAGGAGCUGCUGAUUACCAAGUGCAGUGAGCUAGAGACCCUUCCUGACCGCAUAGGAGACCUGCUGCCAUGCCUUCGCAAACUGACCAUUCGCGAGUGCUACUAUUUCGCUCACCUGCCUGAAAGCUUCACUGCCCUGAGCCAUUUGGAGGAUCUCAUUCUCUCCACGUGUGAUGACUUCACCUUACCCUCCAACUUCGGCCACCUGCCUGCCCUCACAUUACUGGUGCUGGAGAGUUUGUCAUUCACCGCAUUCCCUCCUUCCUUCUGCCAUCUCACGUCUCUCGAGGCACUCUUUUUAGUUGAGUGCCACCCGCUUUUGGAGCUACCGGCAGGGUUCUGCCACUUGACUGCUCUUAAGGCGCUCUGCAUCUCAAGAUCAGAGGGCCUUGCGUUGCCCGAGGACGUUGGGGCCCUUGCAAGGCUGGAGGCCCUCAGGCUGCACAACUGCCAGCACCAGCCCCUUUCACGCUCCUUCACCGACCUCUCCUCCCUCACGAGCCUUGACCUGAACGCAUGCUUUGGAGGCGACCUGCCAGCCCUGGGAGAGCUGAGCAACCUGCGGGAGCUGAAGAUCGUUGAUCUCCCCAUAAGCACGCUCCCUACCUCACUCACCCGGCUCACAGGACUGCACACGUUGGAGGUGAGGGGCUGCCAGGCACUCCUUGAAGUGCCCUCGCGGCUGGAUAUGCUGGUGGGGCUGAAGAGGCUGGUGCUGACGGAGUGUGAGGAGCUGAGUAGGCCCCCUGCUGGUCUGCCGCCCUCUCUUGAGACCCUCUGUUUCGGGCCCUUCGUGGAAGGUUCUUCCCAUGUGGUGGAUAUCUGUGGGUUGUGGCAGCUGAGGGUGCUGAAGCUGAACCGCGUUGGGGUGCGCUGUGGGGCCGCUGGAGGGCUGGAGGGCCAGCUGGAGAAACUGGAGAAGCUGGAGAUGCGGUUGGGAAGCGGAAAUCAAAAGCUUCCAAUCCCAUUGACUUUUCUCCCUCGCCUGCGCAGCUUGCUGAUAGACGCACCUGGACUUUGCAGCCUCCCAGAAAACAUGGGGGCAGCGCUGCCGCAGCUACGGCAGCUGGAGCUCCUUUCUUGGUCACCGGAGAAGCUUCCAGGAAGCAUCAUAGAGCUCUGCUCACUGACGUCGCUCACGGUUGAAGCACCUCAGCUGACAGCGCUUCCUCCAGGGAUGAGCUCCUUGUCUCGGCUGCGCAGGCUGGAGCAGAUUGGAUGCAACGCCUUGCAGCAGCGCCCGGAGUUGCCUCUCUCCCAGCUUGAAUGCCUGCAUCAUCUGAUACUUGGUAACUCCUCAUGCGCAUCCCUUCCUGCCAACUCCGUGCUGCUGACGGAUAAGCCUUGA